AUGGGCACUCUCAAGAGCGGGAACAGUCAGUGAGUGAGUCAACCCAUUACUCUGUCAUAAGACAAUUGUCACCACCAUGACUGAGUUGGAAUCAAAUGGAGACGCCCAGUUUUUAUUUUCUGGAAGAAUCCUGCCUAACCCUUAUUUGAUAAUGUGCAACUAACAAAAUGCACACUAACCAAAGACCAUAUCUCAAACACAUACUUAUCUGGGGGGGGGGGGGGGGGGGGUGGAGAGAUAGGUGAAGAGGGGAGAAGGCCUGGUUGGCCAGCUAUGUGUUAUGAUAAUACUACCACCAGAAAAGUCGACAUCAAAGCUCCAGAACAUAUAGUAGGCCUACGUUAAGUUAAGUAGAGUACAAUGCAGUACAAUCAACUUCAGAGUCAAAUGUUCAAAAGGGACCUCUAGUUGCAAUGUUUGGGUUGCCAAUAAACAAUUCAGUGGGAAAGUCAUACUGUAUGUCUUAUACAUGACAUCAGCUGAUGUAUAAAUAGCAAUAGCCGUUGGUCUGUAAACCUGGAACAACCUCAGCUCAGACUGAGGAGUGGUGUUGGGUGUUGGCCCCUGAACACACAGUCCCUAUGAUGUCGCCAUGCAAGAACGACAGAACCUAUGUAAUAACUGAAAGAGGAGAAAGGACCUAUGAGGAAGAAGAUCCACUGGUAUGUAAUAAAGGAACAAGGAAGGAGAUAUUACUUUAAUAGUGACACCAUAUACAUUACUUUAAAACUGGACUGUGUAGCCUAGGCUACACUUAUAUCGUAUCGACAGUUUAGCCUUGAAUCACAAACAUAACGUUUAUGGGAUAAGAAAAAAAGGAUUGGACAGAGAUGUAAGUAGCCUAUACAAGGACAACUAGCUAAAUCUAUUAAUUAAGUAGGCUAUAAACCAAGUUAGUUCAUUAAAUGUACUUCAUGUAGGCUUAUGUAUCAUAUGUGGGAGAUAUGUGCUGAAUUCUAGAUGUAGACAUUUUCAUAGGGUGAAGAUAGCACAUUAAUUAGAACAAAGAUGAAAAUGUCAUUAUCAUAUUAAUCACUAAUCUUACACUCACUCAUUCGCUGGAAAUGUCAAUAGAAAUGGUUAACAACGUUCUAUAGCCUAAGCAAACGUCUCUUAUUGACAUAAUGUAUCUCUCUGUGAGAGUGUAAGACCAGGAGACUAAACACAUAAAUUAAAGGUAUAACAAGACAUAAAUCACCAAUAAUAAUAUGACACGUUGGCUGCAGUUUACACUGGCAGCCCAGUUUUCCCACUAAUUGGUCUUUUGACCAAUCACAUCAGGUCUUUUCACAUCAGCUCUUUUUCAGAGCUGAUUUGAUUGGUCAAAAGACCAAUUCGUGAAAAAAUAUAUCAAAAUUAGGCUGCCUGUGUAAACGCAGCCUUGUUGUCCAUAUGUGGGCCUACUAUAAUAAUGUAUUAAUAAAGCUUUGUACAUGUUUUAAAUUAAAUAUUAGUGUUAUUUACACUAAAAUUGUAAUUAAUGUUAGUUAGAAUACGUCAUUCAUGUUAAUUAGGACUAACAAUAAUAGAUAGCCUUAUAGACUAACAUAGACUAAUUAGACUAACAUAAUAGACUAACAUGGGCUUAUCCUUGAUCUGUAACCUACUGUUCUAAAUAGUAAUCUGACUGUCUCAAAUAUAGGUCAAACUUUUUCAAAAAGGCGCAAAGCAAAGAAAACAUUGUGUGCCUAAAUCCCAUUGAGAACUUUUCGAACGGGAGAUGAAUGUACCGAAAUGAAACGGCAGAAAAAAAAGACAAAAUGGAGUAGAGGGUUGACUAGCUCACGUUGAAAUUCAACGUGACUUGUGGUCUUGGAACAGAACCAAGACAAAACGUGAUGCAAUACCAACAUGAGAAUGUGUCACAUUCAAAAGAGCUGGGUAAAUGGGUCCCCUGUGCCAAGAUAUUUUACUUAGAGAGAGGAGAACUCUGGCACAGUGCAACAAGUAGUCUGCGCGCAGUUCGAAUCUUACAACUGAACUUCAAAACUUUUUAUAAUGAAAAUGAGGUAGGAAAUCUAUUGAAAAACUCAUAAGAAAUGUGUUGGUUGAUUUCAAGAAAGUAGUCUAUACCUAGAUUAUUUUUAUUGCAUGCCAGAUUUUGCUUUAGCCGACACUUAGAAAAAAAGGUUAUUUGGCUGUCCCCAUAGGAGAACCAUUUUUUGUUCUAGAUAGCACUUUUUUUCUAAGAGUGUAUUGAAGAAUGCAAGGCCAGGAUGCGCACUUGUACCAAACCUGUGUGUCAUUGGAUGAAAUUGAUUUGAAGACAUCAGGAAUCGACUGAUUGCAUAAAGGUGUUUUCCUUGGGCAUGGUCCAGCUCAAUGGUCCAGCUCCAAAGACCCGAUUGUUAUGAUGAUUUUCACGUGAUUAAGUCUUCUGGUAGUAGGACCUCCUAUUGCCUUAUAGGAACAAACAAAUAAUUUAAGGGGACAAGGGAGCGCAAUAACUUGGAGCUUUUAAAGUGAUAUUAGUUUAUCGUGGGCAGUGAAAAGCAUCAGUCUAUACUUCGGUGAGGCGCGUCAUUUUUGACCCACCAUCAGGAAUCGCAACAUUAUUUCAGAUUUGAGUGCAUCAUUGGAUGGUAAGAGAAGUGACUGUCACACAUUGGCAACAUUUUAGAAGUUUUGGUUAUUAUUUUUCAGACUUUGCAAAGGCAAAUCUGUGCUGUUCGGGUUUUAUUGACAAUGUAUAUAUUUUUUUGUUGAAUCUCAUUGACCAACAUCUCAUGUAGAAUGCGAAUGUAACUGCGUCAUCUGUGCUUUAUACUUCUGCUGUGUUAUCUUCCAAAUAAGGCUAGCGUUACUUUGAAUCUAUUUUAACAUUUGGCAAUGAUAUCGAGUGCUGUACUCCUAAAGUGUGGCAGAGUUUAAACAUUUUUCUCAUCUUAUCGCCUAUUUGAAGAAGUUGGGCAGAAUUAUUAUCGGAGGUUGGGAUUGUUUGUGUGGUUCUGGGGACUCCAGAUAGUUGUAAAUGAUCUAGUUACCGCGCCCACUUUUUCGACGCAAACAACUUUCACUCCAAGGAGUUGAGCUGUUGCUGAAGAGGGAAUGACAGUUUAUAUUCGUUUAGAAUAACGUUUUUAUGUUAAUGAAAAUAUGUUACUGGAAAGAAAACGUAUUUCAAUCAAAUGAUUUAACGUAAAACUUGUUUUCAACCCACUUUGAAAAUAGUUUUUAUUCACUGAACAGACUAAUAAGAAUUGUCUCAAAAUGCGUCAAGAACGCAAUGAAGACUAUGGGCAUCUUUGGCAUAGUAGGUCUAAUCUAUACACUUUAUGAUGAUGCUUCAUGUAAGUUAUUCAAUAUCUAUAGCUAGAGAGCAACGAAUAUAAUGUAAAACUCACAGUUUUAGUCUGUACAUUUGUUUUAAAACAGUUGACAGGCUAUUGCGCAAUGCUUCCCUGGCUCUCGCCCCUGUUUUCCUCUCAAGAUUCUUACACUCAAAAAAAUGCUGGUUAAAAACAACCUAAUUUGUGUUAUUUGGUAACACAGCACAAGGUAAAUAUUGGACUUGUGUAAGCCUCAUUAAAGAUAUAAAACUCUGUUCAACCUUAAAAUGGGAUAACAAUUAGGGGUGUGACAAAUGGGAAACAUUUCUUAACGUUUAAACUGCCAUUUUUUAAAUCGGUUUUCCAUUAAAACGAUAAGAAAAUGCAUAAAAUUCUACGUGAAUUCACAAUGCAGAUGCACUGCUGCAAGCAACAGUUUGGGUCUCACGGUGUGUCCUUUUCAGAUGGUUAAGCAUUAACACCUGUACCUCCAUUACUGUGCCUCAAUUCCACCUCGCAAAGUUUGCAUUUCCUUCUCAAUGAACUUCUCAAAGUAUUGCCGUUUUUCGAACUCUUAACGACGAUGACAUUGUGGUGGAGAGUCGACUCCAAAAUAAUUAAUUCCUCCACUCCUUGCACGUUGACUCCCAUUUCAGAGUGCAAGAUUCGAUUCCACUAGAAAUCGACUCCUACGAUUCUGUAAUUUUGGAACGGAGGAGACUGAUUAGUUGUACUUCCGAGAACGCAAACACUUGCCUCUUAGCGAGCUAGCGAGGGACGGAGAGAGAGGGGAGGAGCACAGUAUUGGCAGGUCAGCCACCAGGCAGACAGAGUCCAAACUGUGCACCAGGCCUAUCUAUCGGCAAUCAAAAGCUGUAUCUCGCAAUACAAUACUGUAUCCUGCAAUUUCUUGGAUUGCAAUGUCUCGCAACUUCAGUAAAGCAGGGCCUAUCAUCAGUGAAUAGGCUACGAUAUUCUACACGCAACAGACCGAAGGCUGAACACAAACUCUCAUCAUUAGCGGAGAGAAAGAGCCAGAGAGCCAGCACGAGGGAGAGAGGGGAGUGGGCAGGCAGAAACGUGCAUAUAUGUCUUGGUAAUCUGUAUCUCGCAACGUCUUGUCUUGCAUGCCUCGCAAAUUCACCAAAGUAGCCUAAAGUUCGCCUCUUCCUCUCUGGUUUUAUUUAAAUGACUUAACUUUCCCCAGGCCUUAAUUGCCUAUCGUCUAGUUGAAAAUAAUAUGUUUGUGAUAACUGCACAGUGAUUUUUAUUUUGUAGGGGAAAAAACAAACAUUUAGGGUUGUUCUUAAUGUUAAAGAUCCCAAUUUCAUUUAAACGUGUUAACGUUCACACCCCUAAUAACAAUACAAAAGAACAGAUUAACCAGAAUGACAUUUACUAUGGUGGUCCUCUGUAGCUCAAUUGGUAGAGCAUGGCGCUUGUAACGCCAGGGUAGUGGGUUUGAUCCCGGGACCACCCAUACGUAAAAAUGUAUGCACACAUGAUUGUAAGUCGCUUUGGAUAAAAGCGUCUGCUAAAUGGCAUAUUAUUAUUAUCACAGGUGACCAAAAAUAACUAUCUGAAAGUCAGGUUCCUACUAAGCCAUGCCUCCAGUUUUCAAUAACUCAGCAUUAAUAACCGUGCAUCAACAACUCAACCUUGCUCUUUUUUAAGAAAACAACCCAACUAAGUGACCCAAUGCCUGCAACACAGCAGUUGGGUCAUCCAAGCAACCCAGCAUAGUGUAUGCCUCACUCAAAGUUGAACAUCUAAAAAUCUUAUUUUACCUAUUUGAUUCAUACAUAUGUACAGUACCAGUCAACAUUUUGGACACGCUUACUCAUUCUCUACAUUGUAGAAUAAUAGUGAAGACAUCAAAACUAUGAAAUAACACAUAUGGAAUCAUGUAAUGACCAAAAAAGUGUUAAACAAAUCAAAAUAUAUUUUAUAUUUGAGAUUCUUCAAAUAGCCACCCUUUGCCUUGAUGACAGCUUUGCACACUCUUGGCAUUCUCUCAACCAGCUUCACCUGGAAUGCUUUUCCAACAGUCUUGAAGGAGUUCCCACAUAUGCUGAGCAUUUGUUGGCUGCUUUUCCUUCACUCUCCCGGUUGAAUCAUCCCAAACCAUCUCAAUUGGGUUGAGGUCGGGGGAUUGUGGAGGCCAGUUCAUCUGAUGCAGCACUCCAUCACUCGCCUUCUUGGUAAAAUAGCCCUUACACAGCCUGGAGGUGUGUUGGGUCAUUGUCCUGUUGAAAAACAAAUGAUAGUCCCACUAAGCCCAAACCAGACGGGAUGGUGUAUCGCUGCAGAAUGCUGUGGUAGCCAUUCUGGUUAAGUGUUCAUUGAAUUCUAAAUAAAUCACAGACAGUGUCACCAGCAAAGCACCCCCACACCAUAACACCCCCUCCUCCAUGCUUUACAGUGGGAACUACACAUGCAGAGAUCAUCCGUUCACUCACACCGCGUCUCACAAAGACACGGCGGUUGGAACCAAAAAUCUCAAAUUUGGACUCCAGACCAAAGGACACAUUUCCACCAGUCUAAUGUCCAUUGCUCGUGAUUCUUGGCCCAACAAGUCUCUUCCUCUUAUUGGUGUCCUUUAGUAGUGGUUUCUUUGCAGCAAUUUGACCAUGAAGGCCUGAUUCACACAGUCCCCUCUGAACAGUUGAUGUUGAGAUGUGUCUGUGACUUGAACUUUUGUGAAGCAUUUAUUUGGGCUGCAAUUUCUGAGGCUGGUAACUCUAAUGAACUUAUCCUCUGCAGCAGAGGUAACUCUGGGUCUUCCAUUCCUGUGGUGGUCCUCAUGAGAGCCAGUUUAAUCAUAGUGCUUGAUGGUUUUUGUGAAUGCACUUGAAGAAACUUUAAAAGUUCUUGACAUUUUCCGUAUUGACUGACCUUCAUGUCUUAAAGUAAUGAUGGACUGUCAUUUCUCUUUGCUUAUUUGAGCUGUUCUUGCCAUAAUAUGGACUUGGUCUUUUAUUAAAUAGGGCUAUAUUCUGUAUAACACCCCUACCUUGUCACAACACAACUGAUUGGCUCAAACGCAUUAAGAAGGAAAGAAAUUCCACAAAUAAUAUUUUAAGAAUGCACACCUGUUAAUUGAAAUGCAUUCCAGGUGACUACCUCAUGAAGCUGGUUGAGAGAAUGCCAAGAGUGUGCAAAGCUGUCAUCAAGGCAAAGGGUGGCUAUUUGAAGAAUCUCAAAUAUAAAAUAUAUUUUGAUUUGUUUAACACUUUUUUGGUUACUGCAUGAUUCCAUGUCUGUUCAUAGUUUUGAUGUCUUCACUAUUAUUCUACAAUGUAAAAAAUAGUAAAAAUGAAAAAAAUAACAUGAAUGAGUAGGUGUGUCCAAAUUUUUGACUGGUAGUGUAUAUAUAUUUAUUUGUGUGUUUUAGUUCAAUUUGGCUGUUUCUUUGAGUUUUCUUUAUAGAUUAAAGUCUGAAAAGGUUGUCCAUCUGAUGCAUAAAACCUAAUGUUCACAAUGUGGAAUAAUGGUUUCUAUUACUCAAGCACAUUUCUUUGUAUGAGGGGGCUGGCAUUUUGAUGCAGACGUUUUAUAGUUGCGUCCCAGACUCUGUAAAGUUUGCUCAAUCCCACCUGUAACGAUUCUUUAGAUAAGCAAAGGCGCAGAAAUGAUUCACUGCCUGUCUGGCGCACCUUUUGUAGUGUGGUUCCUUCCCAUUCACUGAUGCUGAUAGUGGGUAACUGACUGUUAACCUCUGGCGGGUAAAACUGUAUUUCAAGGAGGCAAAAUAAGAAGGAAAAAAUGAUCUAGAUGUUUCUAACUUUGAUAAGAAAGGUCAGAAAAGGGAACUUUUGAGGGAAGUUCUCAUUAUAGACUGGGGAUAGACUCAGCAAGGCAACUCUGACCAACCUAACAGGUAUUUAUUUCAGUAAUUCAGACUGUUACAUGUGAUCUAUUGAAUAUUAAUGAAUAUUUUCUAGAUUUUGGCAGUUGUAAUGUAGGCCUAUACUGUAUAAUGUUUUACUUGUUAUCACUUUUUGAAUUGAAUUGCUGUGGGGAAUUAUGUGACUUUGAACCUAUUAAUUAAAAAAAAGCUGAUCAGGGCCCGUAUCCACAAAGAGUCUCAGAGUAGGAGUGCUGAUCUAGGAUCUUUCCAUAUAAUCAUAUUCAUUAUGAUCUAAAAGGAAAAACUGAUCCUAGAUCAGCACUCCUAUUCUGAGAGGCUUUGUGGAUACAGGCCCAGGUUUCCUUGGUGGGUAGAAUGUUUGCGUGUCACUAAAAAUAAAAAGUGUUAAUUUAAAAAACAAGUAUUGGGCGGUUGUAACUCGUAAACUACAAAAACGUGUAACAUUCCUGAAGUUCAGAAAGUAUCCCUGUAAUUACAUGGGGUGACUAGAAGAGCACAUAAAACAUUCUCACAUGAGGUGAAACAUUCUCCAUACGUUUCCUGGUCCGCACCAUGUGACCUUUCCUCCUGACCUCUCACCUCUGGCAGCCAGAGCAGAGACCAGAGCAGUUGGAGUAGGUUCAUUUUUAUACACUUCAGGUAUUCUUCUAUUCUGAUUCUAUGGAUGUUGGAGAUUUAUUUGGUGUGUGGGUCUCUUACCAUAUGGUUAAUUACUAAGUGGGUUAGGUAGGGCAUGUGUGUUUGAUCACAUACAAUUAAACGAUGCCCCAAAAGGGCAAACGCUGAACAGAACAGGCGUUCUGUGUGUUUAGUGUGUGUUGGUAUAAGUGUGUGUGUGUUUGUGUGUAGCCUAAGCCUAAACCUAGACCACACCAAUAGUGACCUGGGCCACACCUCAUAGAAAAAACAGACACCUCACCUCUAACCCUCUCCUCUCCCUUUCUCUCUCAGGGACAUUGAGAUGGCAUCAUCAUUAUCUGACAUGGCCAUGCUGGUCUGUGGGAGUGUGGAGGAGCUGAAGCGGAGGGCCCAGGGCCCGGUGAGGAGGAACCUGUUUGGGCCUGUGGACCACGAGCAGCUGCAACAGGACUUCCAGAGGCACCUGUGUAUGAGCGCGGAGUCAGCCAACAAGCGCUGGGACUUUGACUUCAACACCGGCCGGCCGGCCGCCAAGGGCGCCAGCGUGGAGUGGGAGGAGAUGAAGUGCCAGGAUGUGCCGGCGUUCUACCACAGCUGCGUGGUGAGGAAGCCGGUGAUUGGCAUCGCCGGGCGGAGGGCGGAGAGAGAGAACGUCAGGCUGGUGCGGGCAUCGUCUCCAGGGUCAUCCAGCUGUGGAGAGGAGUACCUGGAGGUGACCACCAGGGAGAGCUAUAGGAUCCAGAGGCAGGAGAGGAGGAUGGCCAGCCAGAGGGCAGGAGCAGUCAAACGGAGACAAGCCGCCAUAACAGGUCAGUGUCAAUGAACAGGAGAGGUGCUGCACUUUUCCCCGCCUUCUUUUUCCUUCUAUUGGGCUUCAUACAAAAAUCAUACGAAAAAAGGCAAUAGAGAGUUAGUAGUAUACACAUUUUUUGACACAAAAUAGUGAGUCCAGAGGUUAACUUGACUAUCAUUAUAAUGAUAAUAAAUUAAUAAUAGUAAUUAAUACAUUUGUAUAUUAUUUUAUUAUUAUUAUUACAACCAAAGCCCAGAGGUCAUCAUUUAAAGAGAGGUAAUAUAUGUUUACAGGUUGUUUUGAACUUCAUAUGAACCUGUUAUUAACCGUUGAGUGACAGCGGUGAAUACCUCAGUGUGCUGCCAAAGGCACUGUACGUUGAACUAUGUCAUGAACAGGCCUUACAACAACACUGUGUUACCUAUGCUAUGUUCCCAAACAGUUUAUAAGCCUUGAUGUGUGCGUCCCAAAUUGCACCCUAUCCCCUAAAUCUAGUGCACUACAUUUGACCCUAUGGGCCCUGGUCAAAAGUAGUGCACGAUAACAGGGAAUAGGGUGCCAUUUGGGAUGCAAACAUUAUUUCCCUGAUAGAACAUUACUGGGACUGGGAACUAACACCUGCUCUCUCUCUCUGCUGGUCAUCCACAGAAUUCUUUGUCGUGAAGAAGAGGAGGGCCAUGCAUCACAAACGGUCCUCUCGGCAGUGAAACACAGCCCAAGAAAGAGCACCAUUCAGUGGGCACGCUCCGUUUGGAAAUCACCUCAUUAAGAUGAAUAUAUAAUUUCUGCAGAUUUCUGUAGCGACUCUGACGGUCAAAAAGCUCAUAGCUACAAUAUGUCUUAAAAACUCCUGACAAAAUCUGUUUGUUAUUUUCCACACAAGGAAGCUAACUGACAUCCUUUCAGAGUGAAACAUCUCUGAGUGGAAAUGAUGGAUAUGUUUGUAUAUAUAUUUAUAUAUCUGUAUUUCAUCUAUAUUUUCUAAGCUUGUAUGAUUGUCUAAGCUUUAGAAUAUACUGUGAAAUAAUUCAAAUGCACUCAUCAGGAAAAAAACCUCAAUGGCUCUGGUGUAAGAGACUUCUUCCAACAGAACCCUUGGUAUAGUAUUUCUUAACUCCCAACCACCUCGGCGCACUCUCUAACAACCUCUCUCAGAGUUUUGAUAAGAGGAGUUCAACUAUUCCUGACCUCACUCCACGUGUAGUCUUCAGUUUCAUCACAGCUGUAAAAGUAUCAGCCACAUGAGUAAGAGGCCCCGGGGUCACCUCAGGUCAAAUUGGCAACGUGACCAUGAUUAGCCUAGGGUGCAAAGGUCAACGGUGAAGUUCCAGCACUUAGGCUAUCAGGCUGUGCCUGCAUCGGUAGGGACUUAUUUUUUAAUGAUAAUGAUACAUCUUAUUGAGUAAUAAUAUUUGUCAAUAUAUGUCUAUUAUUACGGUAUUUUUUUAAUUCAUAACAACAAGAUACUAAAUCGUCAUAUAAGCUUUUUGCUUUGAGUAUUAUUACAGAGUGAUAUAAGGUGUCAGUAGGCAACAAGCUUAAAUUAGCUUAAGUUAAUUCU